UAUACAUUGAUUUCUAGCACCUUCAAAGAAUACACCCAUCUGGAAUGCAGGGAUGUUCGGGCAAAGCAGUGGCAACCAGUAAAUGGACGUGUAGAUAUUAAAAAGAAUCUACUGUUUCAUAAUGAAACAUAUAAUGCGAUAUGUGAUGAUGGAUUCUUGUUUGUUAAUACUUGGACCGAUACAUUCCUGGCUCGUGGUGUCAGUUCACUGGGGGUCUUGAAUGACAGGGGGAAACUUACAGUGAUUUAUUACCCCAAUCUAGCUUACACCUCUCUUGAAUGCAAGGACGCUCGUUUGAAUCAAUGGGUACCUGCCAAUGGAUUCACAAACAACAAAGCUUUGGUCAAGAAUGGAGAAACCUAUAGCGUAUACUGCGAUAACGGGUUCUUUCUGGCGAGCACUACGACGGAUAAAUUCUUGUUUGGUGUUAGAACACUUAGAAUCAAGAAUGAGUUGGGGAACUUUAAAUUGAUUUCUCACCCCUACACAGACUACACCACUAUGGAAUGCAGGGAUGUUCGGGCAAAGCAGUGGCAACCAGUAAAUGGACGUGUAGAUAUUAAAAAGAAUCUACUGUUUCAUAAUGAAACAUAUAAUGUGAUAUGUGAUGACGGAUUCUUGUUUGUUAAUACUUGGACCGAUACAUUCCUGGCUCGUGGUGUCAGUUCACUGGGUGUCUUGAAUGACAGGGGGAAUCUUACAGUGAUUUCUUACCCCAAUCUAGCUUACACCUCUCUUGAAUGCAAGGACGCUCGUUUGAAGCCAUGGGUACCUGCCAAUGGAUUCACAGACACCAAAGCUUUGGCUUUUGUUAAAAAUGGGGAAAGCUAUAACGCAUACUGUGGUAGCGAGUUCUUGCUGGCGAACACUACGACGGGAAAAUUCUUAGUUGGUGAUGUCAGAACACUUAGAAUCAAGAAUGAGUUGGGGAAAUUUACAUUGAUUUCUAGCACCUUCAAAGAAUACACCCCUUUGGAAUGCAGGGAUGUUCGGGCAAAUCAGUGGCAACCAAUAAAUGGACAUGUAGAUAUUAAAAAGAAUCUACUGUUUCAUAAGGAAACAUAUAAUGCGAUAUGUGAUGAAGGAUUCUUGUUUGCGAAUACUGAGAACGAUACAUUCCUGGGACGUGGUGUCGGAUCGCUGGGGGUCUUGAAUGAGCUGGGGAAUCUUAAAAUUAUUUCUUACCCCAAUCUAGCUUACACCUCUCUUGAAUGCAAGGACGGAUAA